AAUAAGCAUUAUAAUUUUAUGAACAAGCCAUUGAUUAUAUACAAACUGUGUUUUGAGGCUUGCAGACUAAAAGUCUUGAGUUCAUUAAGGAAUUCAUCAUAGUAAUAGCUAUUGCUUUCAUAAUAUUUAAGUGCCAGAAGCUGUUUGGGCAUUCCACAAAUAUUAACUCAUCUAAUUCUCAUAACAGUCCUAAGAGGUAGAAACUGUUAUCAUGAUACUCAUUGUACAGAUAGGAAAAUGGAGGCAGAGGGAGGGUAAAUAAUUUGCCUGAAGCCGUAGGUUAAGCAGCACAGAUAGUCUUCAGAUUCUGUUACUCUUAACUACUUGCUAGGGCUUGGGAUGUAGAUCAGUGGUAGAGAGCCUGCCUAGCAUGUGCCAAACCCUGGGUUCAUCCCCAGUACCACAAAAAGUGAAGCAAAAUAAAUAAACCACUUGCUAGACUACCAAAGGGUAAUUAUAUCACUUCAAAGAAUGCCUACCUUUCACUUUGAGAUGUUUUCAUGCCAUCUGCACUGUAGACAUUUGUCCUCUCCUUACUGACCUGGGAAACUAGAGCCAUUCAUCUAGGCAUCUUCAUUGCCCCCCGGCCCUCCCAGUCUAGUGCCCACUAGGGUUCAUAAGUUGGAGGUUUUAAUGCUCUUUGAAGUGACUGAGAAAUUGCCUACAUCCCCCAGGUGGAAUGGUUCUAAAUUUCUGGUGUCAAAUGAACACCCAGACAGCUCAGUGGGUUCAAAGCUGAGCAGUGGGUGGAGCCAGUAGAACAGAGCCCUGCAGUGGUGUCUAGUGUGAGAAGUCUGCUUCCCCAAGCAAGCUGAGCCAUGAGCUGGACCUGCCCACGUUGCCAGCAACCUGUUUACUUUGCUGAAAAAGUGAGCUCCCUGGGCAAGAAUUGGCACCGCUUCUGCCUGAAAUGUGAGCGCUGCCACACUGUUCUGUCUCCUGGUGGCCAUGCAGAGCACAACGGGAGACCAUACUGCCAUAAACCAUGCUAUGGGGCUCUCUUUGGACCCAGAGGGGUGAACAUUGGUGGUGUGGGCUCCUAUCUCUACAAUCCUCCCACUCCCUCCCCUGCCAACAUCACUUCCCUCAGCCCCAGCAGCUUCAGCCCCCCCAGGCCAAGGACUGGCCUCCUCCAUGGCAAAAAAAGCCCACCCCACAUGAAGACAUUCACUGGGGAGACCUCACAGUGCCCCGGCUGUGGGGAGCCAGUCUAUUUUGCUGAGAAGGUGAUGUCUUUGGGCAGAAACUGGCACCGACCCUGUUUAAGGUGCCAGCGUUGCCGGAAGACCCUGACUGCUGGGAGUCAUGCUGAGCAUGAUGGCGUCCCAUACUGCCACAUCCCCUGCUACGGCUACCUGUUUGGUCCCAAAGGUGUGAACAUUGGCGAUGUGGGCUGCUACAUCUAUGACCCAGUGGAGAUAAAACCCAAAUGAGGCGCUCACAGGAGAGGUCACCCUAACUCAGGCUUCCCACCAUUCCCUCCAUGGUCCAAUGGGAGCUACAGAUUUCUCCAGUCCUAUGUGGUUGGGGGAAGGCAAGAUCCUCAGGGCCAGGGCCUGGGCCUAGGCUCCAUGGUAGGCCAGAUAAUCUAUACCUUCUCUGCAAAUUUUUCCCUUUUCCUUUCUUAUCUGGUUAGGGAACACAGGCCACCCCACUUUGAAUGGUGGUCUCCUGGCCUUCCUAUCCCUUUCCCCAAUAAAUUCUGGAACUUCAA